AUGAAUAUUCCUGCUUAUCUUCAUAAGCUAGGGUGGGAAUCUUUGGUGUCUGAUCUGCAGUUCAGUCAAUGUCCUGAGGCUGUACGUCUCUUCUACGUCAAUCUUCGAAGAGGUCCAGGAAGUGAUCCUUCCUUCUUUACCACUCUAGUCUAUGACUAUGAAAUCAAAGUGACGCUUGAGUUGCUAGCAUCUGUGUUGGAAAUCCCUCAUGCUGGCAUCAGGGCUGGAAUGGACAGUGAAUUCCAACAUUUUGGAUUCCGGUUCGAUCAGGCUCUUGCAUCUCUGGCGCGUGAUAUAGGGCGCUGGUUUCCAUCCCAACUUGUUGCUGGACGAUUACCAGACGAUCUCAAAUUCUUGUUUUUGUUUCUCACUCUGUGGUUCCUGCCUCGUGACCUCCAAUAUUGA